AUGUAUCUCCUGAUAAUAUCAAAUGGAGAGAAACUCCUUCUGAAAACACCGAGAUUAAUGACGCCUAUUCUACGGCAGGAGGAGAGCCUGCUUCAAACCGAAGCCCAGGCCAUGACGAUCCUUGAGCAAAGUGCUAUUUCGCAUAUCCCAUCUCUUCUUCAUUACGAUACCCAAGGGCAUUCGCUUGGCCCAACGUUUCUCUUACGUCGAUUUAUUGUUGGAACAACGCUGCAAGAGAUGGGGGCCCAACUAAGCGACUGUAAGCGGAAAGAAAUUGAGCGAACGUUGGGAUCGCUGGCCAACGAGAUCGCGCAGCAUGUUUCUCCGUUUUUCGGAUCUCUGGGGCAAGUGGCCUGUGGUACGGGCAAAAGAUCGUGGCGAGAAGCUUUUCUUACCUUGUUUGAGGGCAUCCUUCGCGACUCCGAAGACGUUUUCGUCAACCUCCCCUAUACCGAAAUCAGACACCAGAUUUACCGGCUAUCCCCCGUACUCGACGAGGUAACACUGGCGCAACUCGUUGUUGUGGACCUAGGGCGACCGUCCCAGGUGCUUUUAGAACCAGCGACGAAACAGGUAUCAGGGAUUAUAGACCUCAGCAGUGCACUCUGGGGCGAUGUCUAUAUGGCCGAGAUUUUUGAGAAUCCAUCUUUUGCCGUACUGGAUGGUUUUGGAUGCCCCAGGACGAAAAGCCAGUCGGAAUCAAUACGGCACCUACUAGGAAAGCAAGCAGGCAUCCAGAAGGACUUUUCUGAGGGCUUGUCGCCGGAUUUGUUCGCUCUCGACGAUUUUGCCCGCUAUGGCGUGAAUUCACAGAUCAGCGCCCUGGCAUACGAUCCAAUUCAAUCCCUCCUUGCGGUUGGCACCAGCGAUACACAGUUUGGAAGUGGUCAGAUCUAUGUUUUUGGUCAGCGUCGGGUGUUGGUCACUUUUUCGUUGCCUAGAAAGGCAUCCGCCAAAUUCCUUCAAUUCUGUGCCGACAAACUUAUCAGCGUCGAUUCCAAGAGUGAGAUUUCUGUUUUCUCUCUUGAGACUAGACAGACCCUUUUUUCAUACGCCCCUCCGAACCAUGUCAGUGCAGUCCUGACCGACCCGAGUCUUGACUAUGCAUUCAUCGGUUUACAAAAUGGCGACAUAAUUGCUUACGACCUUGACCGCGAGACCUUGACCCCAUUCCGAGUUCCAAAUCUGUGGGCCCAGCGAAACUCCCGGGUCCGCUAUUGCCCUGUCCUUACGUUGGCUUUUUCUCCUCGUGAUAUUGGCAAGAUCUUAGUCGGGUAUCCGGAGGGAGCGGUGGUAUUCUCGUUCAAGCAGAACAUAGCACAGAAAUACUUCGAAUAUGAGGUCCCUCCUGGUGCCUUAGGCGGGAACGGUGAUGUCCCGUCGCAAGAACCGCGGAGGCCUAGGUUAACCCAGGCUCUCUGGCACCCCAACGGGAUCUUCAUUCUCACAAUCCAUGACGACAACAGCUUGGUCUUUUGGGACUCUAAGGAUGGGCGCAAAAUAAUGGCUAGAUCGAUACAGACUGCGAAUAUUGACCAACCCGGUGUUAGUCCGGAACGACCCCCUUCAUCUGGAGGCGCUAUUGGGCUCAGGGAUCCCAUCACUCAUGUUGCCUGGUGUGUUAAGGAUAAUGGUGAUGAUAGUGGCUUGUUGGUAGCUGGCGGUCGGCCGAAAGCUGAGGCGAACAAGGGACUUACUUUCUUGGAUCUGGGGCCAUCUCCCAACUACCAGACAUCUUCCUGGGCUAUAAUUUCUCGCUAUUUUGAGAGUCCAAAGCGGGUGUCAACCCUCCCAACGCCACCAGGCGCAGAGGUUGUUGAUUUCUGCCUUAUUCCGCGCGCCUCUCCUUACUACGCUGGCUGCCAUGAUCCCAUCGCCAUUAUCUCGCUGCUUUCCUCUGGCGAACUAAUCACCAUGAGCUUCCCUAGCGGUCAUCCCAUCACGCCGACAAACAUGAUCCAUGCUUCCCUUUCUUUUGUUCACCCAUUUGCGAUCAAGAGCACUUUGACACCAGUUGAGCGCUCAGCCUGGCUGGGUCUAAGGGAAAGGCGAUCACAGGGUCCGAAGUUCGUCAUGGGAGGAGCUGAAGCCAACAAAACGCUUAAACGAUUUGAAAAUCGUAAUAUCAUUACCACGGCACAUGCAGAUGGUACUGUCCGUCUGUGGGAUGUAGGCCACGACGAUGAAAUUGAGAAUGGCGAUGUCAUUCAAGUGGAUCUGGCUCGUGCUGUUGGUCGAGUCACUAACGUGGAAGUCAGUGAGAUGUCUUUGGGUGGCUCAACGGGUGAGCUAUCGGUUGGUCUUCGUACAGGUGAGGUUGUGAUAUUCAGAUGGGGCAGCAAUCGCAAUCUGGGCAAUGAGGAGCCCCCUGGUGCCAACGAAGGCUUGGGGAGAUUAACCAAUAUCACCCACCGGACCGACCCGGGACUGAAACAGGGCAUGCUCCCACUUACGCUUUUGAACAUGCAGCAGGGGGCGGUCACUGCUGUGAAGCACAGCCAGGUUGGCUUCGUUGCAGCCGGAUUUGAAGGUGGUAGCGUGGCAAUCAUCGAUCUGCGUGGACCAGCAGUAAUUCAUACAGCUCAUCUAUCUGAACUUACAAAACCCAACAAGCGUAGUAGUUUCCUGAAACAUCGCACUUCCGAGGAAACCCCUCCAGAAUGGCCUACAGUAAUUGAAUUUGGCGUACUGACACUGGAUGGAGAGGACUAUUCAAGUAUUUGCUGUUUUGUUGGCACCAGUAGAGGGAAUAUUGCGACCUUCAAAAUCCUCCCGGCGGACAAUGGAACUUACAUGGCUUCGUACGCCGGGGCUACCACCCUGGAUGACAAAGUUAUAAGCAUCAUUCCUAUUGAUGCAGAAAGUGGCGAUCUCACCUACGCCACGCCACAAGCGGUUGCAGGCUUGAGAAGCGGAAAUAGGGUUAACGGCGCAGUCCUCGCCGUGACUGUUUCUGGCUGCAAGAUCUUUAAGCCUGCCGCCUCCAAGGGCGCUCAUAAGUCCUGGGAUGAUUAUUUGUGUGAUUCUGCUGCGGUAGUCAGGAUUGAAGGCCGAGGUUGUAGUCUGGUUGGGCUCUUCGGUGAUGGCAAUGCGCGGGCUUUCUCCAUCCCAGGUAUCAAAGAGAUUGGAUGCAGUGCAAUCAACAAAAUGGUUGAUAUGAGACGCCUUUCUGAUGCUACUAUCUGCUCUAAUGGAACAGUUCUGGUUUGGACUGGUCCGUCUGAAGUAGGGCUACUUAGCGUAUGGGGCUCUGGCAAUACAUUGAAGCGCUCGGAAGAUCGGCUUUUCAAUGUUCAGGCCGUUCUUCCCCCGCGACCUACCAUAACCAAUAUCCAGUGGAUUUCCGGUACGCAGUAUGUCUCGCCAGCAGACAUGGACAUCCUAAUCGGGGGUCCUGAUCGCCCUCCAUCCAAACGGAUGCAAGAGCAAAUGCGACUCGAAGAUCAGGAGAGACGGAGAGGUGCUAGAGAAGGUAGGGCCGUAGGUAAUCAGUCUCCACAACAAGGCAACGACGAGGGUUACUGGUCCUAUAUGCAACGGCAGGUACAGGAGCGCACUGAAAAGCUCGGAUUUGCUGGGGAUCAGAUGGAAAGAUUGGAAGAGAGCAGUAGUGGCUGGGCCCGGGAUGUGAACAAAUACGUUCAAACCCAGAAGAAGAAAGCCGUCCUGGGUGCGCUGGGGGCGAAGUUUGGCUUCUGA